AUUUAUGCCGGUGCUGUGGUUAUAGCCCUCGCUCCACUCGCAAGCUUGGCUUCCUCCGUUGUAAACUUCGAGUUUUCUGGAGCCACCUCCUUUUGGUUUUAGGGUGGGGGGAUCGCCGAUGAAUAAUACGCGGGUCUGCCAUGAUGAAUGAGCCAAGCUAUCACAAUAAAUUCGUUCUACAUGCAUUACUACACAAAAUAGACGUUCAGAAUGGCUUCAGACACAGCGAGAAUCUCGCGAAUUACCGCAUGUACGAUAGUUGACGUUUAUUUUUUAAGCUUCAACACAGGCGAUGUACUCGUCAGUUACGACGUCUACGCAAGAAGCUCACAACCCCCCAUAGCGAUAGUAAAUUAAUGACUUUGGGGUCUCCUGGCCCUAAACGUGAUUCAUAUCAUCUGUUGAUCCAAGCGUUUUUGGCGGAGCGGGCUCGGGCCCAUGCUAUGGAGUCAAAGCAAUAUCUGUCGGGGAAUAUCAAGAUGAACGUUGCGACAGAACAAACACGAAAAAAAUAUGCGGAACGUCGCCUGUGCCAACGUUUAGUUAAAGCAGCCGCACAUAGUAACACUCUUCGGGCAUUGUGCAUCACUAUGGGUGACUAUGCGCUCGCUCGUGAAUGCAACGCUUAUGCGGACUGGAUCGACGGUCUUACACUGGAGUCGAAAGGCGACUAUAAUCACGCUGCCACGGCCUUUGAACGUGCUUGUGAUAUUUACAAUAUCUUUGCAAAAUGCCAUGGGGACACGGCAUGCUUGGAUCCAUUUCAGAAUCAAGCUAUAGAUUGCUCAAAGGCAACACGUCGCUGUAAUCUUGCAGGCGGUAGUACUCACUCGUUAGAAAUUUCUAACAUGGAUAAACAAGAUAGUUGCAAGGUGGUAAAUUUAACUUGCGGUUUAGAAUCUUCGGGGAGUAUUUUCGUCAACUGGUGCGGGUCAUCUCCCGAAAUCACAGCCGAAGAAGUUAAGCGCCGACUUCGGGUUUGUGGUCCAUUAAAAUAUCCGAGGAUAUUUGACGUACCGUCAGGCGGCACAGCUGGAUUGUGCUGUCAAAAUAUUCGGCAACCAGCUAUCUCACUCUCAUCACUACCAAAUGAAGUGCAGUAUGCCCAAAAGAUGAUACACCUGGAGGAUAUUAUUCGUGCUGCUAUUUCAGAGCAAGAUGCAAAAACUCAAGGUGACUUUUCUCUGGAGCUCCUUGUGGCACGCACCACCUACGAGAAGCUCGACCUGCUUUAUCAACGCUGUGACGCCGCAGUCAUAGAGAGAGCUUCCGAGUGGCGUUGGGUAACGUUAGGUGCUAUAAUUGCUCAGGUAUGUAACGCCUCACUUGAUAGCGUAAUUAAUCCACGCAUACCUGAUGAUGUCAUUCACCUCUACGAUAAGAUGAUAGAGGUAACGAAAGAAAUGGCAGCUCUCACGGUCCUUCGAGAUGCCAAGGAUGAGACUCUCGCAGAGAGACUCCACGGGCGAAAUGCAGCACUUCGUGCCUACAGAUGUUACUUCCUUGCAGAAACAUUUUGUGUGCACAUGGACGAGAGUCACACGGCAUCUGCUCUACUCCGUCACACUAUCUACCUUGCUGAUCAUGCCUCCCAAGAGGCCGAGGCCUGUGAAGUGCCAGUUCUUAGCAUAGAGACGGCACACCUCAGUGAUGCCGCCCAGGCGUCCUUGUCCCGUGUCAAGGCUGCUCGUUGCCUUGACCAUCUGCAUCGCAAAUAUGCAAGGGAGUCCACUUUCUCUCAAUCAACAUUGACCAUGUUCCUUGGCGUGCUUGAUAUUCACGUUUCAGAUUUGUUAGCCGUAUCUUCGGCAAGCUGCUUUCAGGCAAGUGGGGUUCCAUGUAAGCCUAUCUUGUUCAAUCUGGGACAUGUCUACCUGAAUCUACCCUCUUUUCAAACAAAGACAAAUGAAAAAGGCGUUAGUGGCCUCUUUGGUUGGUUCAGAAGCUGAUAGAACCGGUGUCACUCUAGGAUUGACGCUGUGCUAGCUAUAACAAUGCGGUUGGAAUUUCCGUUACCCCACAGCAGAAUUCUCUGGGUGUGUACAUUAGCUGCUUUCAUGGAGGAGUAAGAUGACUAGACGCUGCGCUCUGGGGACCGGACUUCCAGGAAAACUCGACUAUUUAUUGCCCUAUGUGCUCUGAGGGAUCAGAUUUUCAGUCAAAUAAAAAAGAAUUUGACUACGGCGGACGGGGAGGUUCCAUAUCAGACUUCAAGUUUCGCCUCCGCCGCGCCGGCGCACCAGGCUUCCUAGGAGCGACAUUCCAGCUACGGCAUAGAACCGGCAUUCCGCGGCGUUGGGAAAUAUAGGGAGCGCUAGAUGGCCGGUGGCAUCUCGAUGAUGAUAUAGUUGUACUACUAGUAGUAGCGUUUUAAAGACCAUUUUCGAGCUUGCCAGUAAGCAUUUCCGAUCAUGAUGAGUACUGGGGACGGCAGCAUUCACCGGUCUGGGCCGGCCCGGGUGUCCGGGGCGCUUCUCCGGGAGCGAACUUGAACGACAAGGCCCGGGCUAGCUCGAAAUACAGUCUAAAACGGCGGCUUUCCCGGGGC